AUGGACAGUAAUAUUACAUUAGAAGAUGUUGCUGUCGAAUCAGACUCUUUUCACAUCUUGGAGGAAGACAAGAGCAAAUCCAGUGUUGUGGACCAAAACCAGGAUUUCAAAUCUACGAGAGAGACCGUCGAUGACUACAUCAGUUUGGGUGCCGAUUCAGAAGCAAUAUCUACUACAGGAUCAGAAUCUGAGACAGACAUGUUUCUGACUGAUAGUAGUAUCUCCAUAGAGGAGCUGUACGAAUACGACAAUGAUCAGAACAUACGGAGAAGCACGAGUUGGUCUGAGCUCAAUGAAACGUCAGGGUGGCAGGAUGACUUUCCAAGUAAAGAACUCGUGGAUAAACUUACCCGCAGGUUCCAAAUCAGCUCUAAAAGAGAGAGGGUGGAGGUGCUAUGUGGUCGGAAUACACCCAGAUGGGGAUAUUAG